UGCCAGUCUUUACACCACUAACACCGACAAUGACAUAAUAGUUGCAGAAAAUUAUUAAUACAUGUUAAUUAAAAAACAAGUGAUAUUGAAUAAUUCUUCACGGCACACCUGACGAUUUCUCACGGCACAAUUUUUUGACUGAUACAACUAAUUUCAACCAAUAAAUUGCCUUCAAUUAUGUAGUGACAGAUGGACAUUUCAGAAAAGUUUUAUUCAGCUCUUUGGCUGCAUUUUGCACUGUGAAGGUACUGUAUAUCAUUUUUUACUUCAGUCGGAACUCUAACCGAAACAGCUACUGAACUUCUGCUUUGAAAUGACAACAGGUGGGAGGUACGGUAAAGGCGACAUCUGCGACCUUGUUUAGUUUAGUCUGUGAAUGAGAAAUCCCACAGCAGCAGGUAGGAAAUGAAGGCAGCACGGCUCGAGCCCUGAGUGUCAGUGUAGCACGAGGCGAGGGCGGCGAGACACAGGCACACACCAUGAUGGUGGACUUUGAUAUGAGCUGGAGUGGAAAUCAUGCCGUAUCUUUGGUGUUUUUUAAGUCCCUUUCCUACUACAAACAUUUUUAAAACCUGAUUUUUAAGCCGUAAUAAGGCAGCGAUGAGUGAACUUGUGACGAAGAGACGAACAGGACGACGUCUGGCGAACUUGAAAAGCAGAUGGAGUGAACCGCCUAAAAGCGGCUUGAUCUCUGGUGGCACCAUCCCAGGUGAAGAUGGGGGUGGACGACCGAAAGCCCUCAAGAGGCUAAGUGCCAUGUGGUCUUCCUUCCGCAAAGGCAAAAGAGAUAGAGUGAAAGACCAAGAUCCUCCAGAGCCAGGCCCAAUUUUGGAAGAGAAAGCAACCAGGCAACUACGUUUUGUCAGUGGUCAAUACUUUUUUGAGUACCUGGUGGUGGUCAGUCUUAAGAAAAACAAGAAUGGCAGCAACUAUGAACCUCAGAUCACCUACCAAUUUCCUAAGAGAGAUGGGAUGGCGAGAUUUCAAAAGGAGGAAGAGGAGCGUACAUUAAAGGCGCUCACGCUAUUCUGCUUCCCUGAGGGUAUCAAAUGGGCACCUUUGACGGAAUAUCAUAGCGAGACCUUUUCCUUUGUGUUGACGGAGAUUGACGGUAGUCGAAGAAAUGGAUACUGCAGGAGACUGCUGCCUGGCGGGAAGGGGGCUCGUCCACCUGAGGCAUACUGUAUCAUCAGCAGCCUGGCUUGUUUUGGCCUGUUUUCCAAGAUUUUUGAUGAGGUCGAGAAGAGGCGGCAGAUCUCCAUGGCUAUGAUUUAUCCAUUCAUGCAGAAACUGCGGGAGGCUCCCUUCCCAGCUCCUGGAAACACUGUGGAGAUUAAAAGCUUCAUUCCUGAGUCGGGCACUGAGAUCAUAAGGCUGACGCGGCCGCUGGACUCCUGGCUGGAACAUGUCAACUUUGAAGUGCUGUUCAGCUGCCUUACAGAUGAGGAGGUGCUACUGGUGUUUGCAGCUGCUGUCCUAGAGAGACGCAUCAUUUUCAUUGCUGAUGAGUUGGGCACGCUAUCUCAGGUGAUUCAUGCAGUUGCAGCCCUUCUUUAUCCUUUUACCUGGCAGCACACCUUGAUAUCCAUAGUUCCAGAGAUCCUAAUUGAUGUCGUGAUGGCACCCACCCCAUAUCUGCUGGGGGUACAGAAGCGGCUGCUAGACCAGGUCACCGAUCAAAAUGAUCUGCUGUUGGUGGAUCUAUCAGAGAACAAAAAGGAAACCUUCAUUGUUGCAAUUGGUGACGAGCGCUCUAUUUUGCCCCCCAAACUCCAAAGUGAAAUCCAAGAGGCACUCGGUCAGAGAAAGAAAGCAUCAUGUAGGACAAGUGCAAAAGCAAUGCAUAAAAUAAAGACUCAGUGCAUUUACCACAAAAUCUAUAUUUCAGCAACAGAAGAUCUGAACCGUGUGGUGUCGGAGGCCUUCCUUCUGUUUUUUGUGAAAACAGUUGGCCAUUAUAUGUCAUAUGUGAAAAGCGGUCCUGCUGGAAAGCAGAGGGUAUUUGAGAAGAGGAGCUUCUACAAGGCCAUCGAGUCAAAGACCACACGCCACUUUGUCAAGAAGUUUAUCCAGACGCAGAUGUUUGAUCUGUUCAUUCAGGAGGUGGAGCAGCAGCAGACUGGACCCCAGCAGGGAAUAUUUCACAAAAAGAUUGUGGAAUACCAGGAAAAAAAGAAAAAGGAAAAGACAAAGAAACACUAGUUCUUUGCAUGCAGUCAAAAGUGUAUAUAGGAACAUAGGAAUACAUGCCAAUGUUGCACUGUUUUUAUUUUGUAAUUUUCUGUUAAUGAUGUACCGAAGUGCGACAUAUACUGUAUUGCUAUUUUUGCUGCUACUAUGUCAAAACACUGGUUUACAGUCUGUUGCUGGUGAGCAGGAAAUUAUUUCAAAUAAAGACUACUUUUUUAAGCUACAUCUACAUAUAUAUAUAUAUAUAUAUAUAUACACACAUUCAAUUAUCCCAAAGCUAUGGCACAACUAAGAACAUACUUAAGAACAUACGGUACUCCAGAUGAUUUCUCACAAAGUAUGAGUUGAUAUGUGGUUAUUGUUGACAACUAAAUAAAAUGCGGUUAACUUGCUUACGUGACAACACAGACUGUGAACAGCAAAAUGUACAGGAAAUGAGAGCACUGCAGCAUACAGUCACAACCACCACAAGCAGAAACAUUCUCACAGUUUCAUAGAAACACCAAUGAUACUUGCUGCUAUAUCAGUCUGGGGGAACUGAACAUGGGACCUUCUGUGGCUGCAUUCUGAUUCCACAUUCAACUUCAUAAUAAAAUGCAAUGUACAAUGACCUAUGCACAACCUUCCCUGAUGAGGGUCUUGGGUUUUGAUACUGUUGGAAUUCAUCCCUUUCAUCCAAGUAUGUCUAACACUGUACUAUUUGGCUGGUAAAAUGAAAACAAUUCAAAAAGCUAUC